UUUCCGGCGUAGUUGAUGCUUUAUAAUGUGACGUUGCACCACUCGCUCGCUGUCUUUCUCUCCACGCAGAGACAGCAGUUGUUUGUUGACAUGAAAGUGAAGUGCAUUCUGGGCCUUGUGGUCCUGGUGGCUGUUUCAGCUUGGGCUGAGAAGGAGGCUUUGAGUACUUCGGAGCGGAUUGAGAGAGCCAACAGGGAUGUUGUGCGUUCUCCUGACGAGCCGUACGUAGAGGACGAUGUGGCGUAUGAUUCUGAGGCUGAGAGAAACGCUGACCCCUGCACGUCCAGAGGCUGCAUGUGGCCCAAGUCCGCUGACGGGAAGGUCUACGUGGCCUACGUCAUCUCCCGCGUCUACUCCCCUCGGAGCGUGUCCAUCAUCGAGCGUGGUCUGAACUCCUUCCACGACUUCUCUUGUCUCCGCUUUGUCAAACGCACCAACCAGAGAGACUACCUGAACAUCCAGUCCCUCAACGGGUGCUACUCCUACAUCGGCCGUCGCAGCAAUGGGCAGAAUCUGUCCCUAAGCCAGCCAGGCUGCGUUUACUACGACACCGUCCAGCAUGAGGUGCUCCACGCGCUGGGCUUCCACCACGAGCAGAAACGCUCUGACCGCGACCAGUACAUCCGGAUUGUGCUGGAGAACGUCAUCUCAGGAAAGGAGCACAACUUUGACAAAAUCAACACUCUGAACCAGGGAACCACCUACGACUACGGCUCUGUUAUGCAUUACAGCAAGUAUGCGUUCUCUAAGAACAACCAGCCCACCUUGGUGGCCAUCCCUGACUCCAACGUUCAGUUCGGCGUGGCGUCCGAGAUGAGCCAGAAGGACAUCAUCAGGCUCAACAGGCUGUACAACUGCUGAACAGUCCAGAGGUGAAUGAGAUGAUGCAGAAUACUUCAGGAAGAGAAUCAACAUCAUCAUCAUCAUCAACGUCUUAAUUUUGUUCAUUUUCAUCAAUAACAUUGUAAAAAAAUGUAUACGCUCUAAUCAACAUCAAUAAAUUUGCAUUUAAAC